ACCUAGUAGUGUCACUGACAUUAACCCGAAUGUUUUAAAUAUAGAAAAGAAGAGUAUUGUCUAAAUAUUAUACAAAAUCUUUGUCUACCAUUAUUCGUAGCUUUUGCGAGGACGAAAAUAAAUGACAAAAUGUUAAAUUGUGCAGUUUUAUCCUUUUUAAUUGUUUUGAUAUCAAUAUAUUGGAUUGUAAAGAAAAUUUAUGCUUAUUAUGGCUCAAAACCUUUAACAAAGUUGAAUGAACGUUAUAUAUUCAUUACUGGUUGUGAUAGUGGUUUUGGUAGAGUAUCUGCUUUAAAAUUUCAUUCAAUGAAUAUCCAAGUGAUUGCUGGAUGUCUUACGGAAGAAGGAAAGAACUGUAUGAUAAAAAAUGGCAUAAAAUCAAUUAUUAUUGAUGUUCGUGAUGGAAAGAGUGUAGACGAUGCUGUUAAAUAUGUUGAAAAUCUUUUACCAAGUAACAGAGGGCUAUGGUCAUUAAUUAAUAAUGCUGGAAUACUAGAUCCAAUGGGUCAUACGGAUUGGUUAAAUAUUAAUGAUUAUAGAGACGUUUUUGAAGUAAAUACUUUUGGACUCAUUCAAACGUCCUUAAAAUUUCUUCAUUUAAUAAAAAAAGAUAAGGGAAGAAUAAUUAAUGUAUCAAGCUGCGCUGGUAGAUGUGCCCUACCCUUUACAGGACCUUAUAGUUCUUCGAAGCAUGCAGUCGAAGGAUUUUCAGAUUGUUUGCGAAGAGAAAUGAAAGACUGGGGAGUUAGUGUUCAUAUUAUUGAACCAGGUGCCUUUAAGACAUCGAUACUAAACAUACAACAUAAACUACUUGAAAGAUUCUCAAAAUUAUCAUCACACUUGCAUAAACAUUAUGGAAAAGAAUAUCAGGAAAAAUUUCUUGACUCCUUUCAAAAAAGCUGCGAGAAGGACUGCACUACUGAUCUUGGUUUUUUAGUUGAUUGCUACGUUCAUGCUGUAACAGCUAAAAUACCUAAAUAUAGAUAUGUUGUUGGAAGAGGAUCAUAUCUAUUAGGAUUUCUAGGUUCACAUAUCGAAGAAACUAUUGUUGAUAUGUUUUUAAACGUUAUUUCGGAAUAUCCAAAGCCUAAAAUAGGCAUUUAAAGGAUAGAUCCACAGCGGAAAAUGGUUUUUAAGAAAAUCAACAAUUUUUAUUAAAUAACAUCCAAUUUUCACCAGGUAUUCAUUUGCAAAUUAAAAAACUAUUGAUUAAUACCAUUGACAUUGCA